AUCCAAUCCAGAGUAGGUGGAGGGGCGACCAAUCGGAUCGCUGCAUUGCGCGUUCUUCUCCCGCCCCCUUUUUCAUUAAGCAGAUACUUUACUGAACUGUACAAGAAUUUGGAAGGAGCUAACGCAACAAUGGCAACUUUGGGCAGUGAACCUCUUUAAGAAGGAGAGCAGCGGCUGACGUUAAAGCAGAGUCGACGCUGGACAGUUAUGCCUCCUCGACUGUUUUCGUGGUUGCUGCUGCCCUGCUGUCUGGAUGUGUUCAGACAUGAACUCUCAGGGGCUCAGGCGGCCUCGGUACUCAGUGCUGCAAAAACUUUGGUAUGGGGACCUGGACUGGAGGCAAACAUUGUGCUUCCAGCACGAUUUUUCUACAUACAGGCGGUGGACAGCUCGGGGAAAAAUUUAACAGUAUCACCUGGUGAGAAUACCUUUGAAGUGAAGAUCGUGUCUCCAGUGGAGCAAUUCACCAGGAUUUGGAUCCAGGUCCUGGAUCGUAAGGAUGGGUCAUUCCUGGUUCGUUACAGAAUGUACGCCACCUACACAGACCUUCACAUCCACAUUCUGCUCAAGAACAAGCAUGUCGCCAAAUCGCCAUUCAUUCUCAAAGGUCCAGUGUACCAUGAGGGCUGUGACUGUCCACAGCCCAGUGGUUCUGUAUGGGAGGCCCUCAUGCACUGCCCUCAGUCUUUCCCCCAGAUAAACAGGGACCUGUCCCUUUACACUAGUGUCGACCCAGAUCGUAACGCUUGGGAAAUCCCUGAGCGCUUUGGACAGCGGCAAAGCCUCUGCCAUUAUACCGUCAAAGACAACAAGGUGUAUGUAAAAACUUUUGGAGAACAUGUAGGUUUCAGGAUCUUUAUGGAUGCCAUCCUCCUCUCACUCAGCAGGAAGGUGCAGCUCCCUGAUAUGGAGUUUUUUGUCAACCUGGGUGACUGGCCGUUGGAAAAGAGGAAACCCACUGACAAGAUUCAUCCUAUCUUUUCUUGGUGUGGCUCUAACAAUACCAGAGAUAUUGUCAUGCCCACUUAUGACCUGACUGAGUCUGUCCUUGAGACCAUGGGAAGAGUAAGCCUAGACAUGAUGUCCGUUCAGGCCAACUCAGGGCCACCGUGGCCAGAGAAGAAUGCCACUGCCUUCUGGAGGGGGAGGGACAGUCGUCAGGAGCGACUGGAGCUGGUCAAGCUUUCGAGGGCUCAUCCCAACAUGAUAGAUGCAGCUUUUACCAACUUCUUCUUCUUCAAACAUGACGAGAGCCUCUAUGGGCCGCUGGUCAAACACGUCUCUUUCUUUGACUUUUUCAAGUACAAGUACCAAAUAAACAUUGACGGCACCGUGGCAGCGUAUCGACUGCCUUACCUGUUGGCAGGAGACAGUGUGGUCUUAAAGCAGGAUUCUGGCUACUACGAGCAUUUCUACAAUGAGCUUCGACCGUGGGAGCACUACAUUCCAAUAAGAGCGGACCUGGGAGACCUGCUGGAAAAGAUCCAGUGGGCUCGUGACCAUGAUGAAGAGGCAAGGACAAUUGCACUGGCAGGUCAGCAGUUUGCCCGCACUCAUCUUAUGGGGGACAGCAUAUUUUGUUACUACUACAAACUUUUCCAGGAGUAUGCCAAACUCCAGGUCACAGAGCCUACAGUCCGUAAGGGCAUGGAGCUUGUAGAGCAGCCCACUGAUGACUUGUUCCCGUGUUCCUGCCACAGGACGAAAGCUAAAGAUGAACUUUGAUUGACCUGUCACCCAGUUACAGAGCAGUCCUUUACAUCUGAUAUAUCGUCAAAUAAUUUGUCCAAGUUUGGAUUGUAUGACUGAUAUGAAUAUCACCUUAUCUCAUUUUUGAAAUAAAUAAUUCUUUUUGUA